UGGAAAUAUCGCCAAGUUCUUGAAUUAUUCAAAACCUUCCUUGCUGCUGGCUAAGGUACCUAGCUUAUUGACGAGGACCGUGUGCCUACUUUACCUUAGGCUGACACCUCAAGGCUCAGGCCCUCUCCACUCGCUACCGGCCACAGCGACUGAUAGUGGACUUGUCAUCCGUCUGCCUUACCCGCCUCAGCCGGCACAUCCAGCCCGAAGUACUGUAAACUAGGACUAAGUGGAACGUCGCCAUCUCUACCGGAAUACCUAGACUUCAGUUUUUUUCAAGACCAUGUGUUGGAAGAAGUCAUAACACUUAGUUUCGAUAUAAUGGGCGCCCUCAGGAAUGCGGCACUUUUCGUGCUGGCUGUCUCUUUCACCGUCUUCGUCGCCUUUUUUGGCCGACUACCGGCUCUGAGACAUACGCCAAUUGCAACGAUGCAUAGGAUAAUGUGGAUCCAUAUCCCAAAUGGCUUCCUCGCUGUAGACAAACUCAUUACGGGAGGAAGAUUCUCGACCUCCAUGAUACGCUUUGGCAACUUCAUGAUGCAUGACCGGCACCCUACCGUCGUCAUCUUCUUCCUGCUCAUCCUCUCUGUUUCGGAAUACCUAUAUCUCCCGGGAGCGUGGCCCCAGAUUUCGCUCUUGCACAAGAUCAUAGGCUGCAUCGUCAUCUUCUUCCCCUAUUGGUUCCUGUACCUAUCCGUCAUGGCCGACCCGGGUUACAUCACGGCCGAGAAUCAUGCCUACUACAUGUCCCUCUACCCCUACGACUACUCAAUCUUCUACCCCGGACAGAAAUGCAGCACCUGCAACCUCAUCAAGCCUCCCCGCUCCAAGCACUGCAGCAUCUGCAAGCGCUGCGUCGCAAAACUCGACCACCACUGCAUCUUCAUCAACGGCUGCGUCGGCUACAAGAACCAGCACUACUUCGUCCUGCUCCUCCUCUCCACGGCCGUCCUGACCUCGUACGGCGGGCUUCUCGGCUUCUCGCUCCUCUCCAACAAGAUCGCCGCCAACUACCCGCAAUGGGCGCUGUGGCCGCCAAAGGGCAUGGAAAUCAAAGAGUACCUCCUCAUCUGGAGCUGGGCCCUGCAGGACAACGUCGGCAUGGGCGCCGUCACUCUCCUCGCGGCCAUGACCUCCCCGCUGGUCUGGGGCCUGCUGGGCUACACCUUUUGGCUCAUCUACUGUGGCACCACGACAAACGAGUCGCUGAAAUGGUCCGACUGGAAGGCCGAGAUGGACGACGGCUGCGCCUUCAAGCGGAGCAUGCCCGUGAACCGCGUCAAGGACAAGCGGUUCGAGCCGGAGAGGACGCGCUGGCCGCUGCAGACGCAGCAGGUGUUGACGAGGACCGAGGACGGGAUGCCGCCUCCAGACCACGGGCCUGGCGAUGGCGAGUGGGAGCGCGUGUGGAAUUUGAAGGAUGUCGAAAACCUCUACGAUUUGGGGCUGUGGGAUAACUUGGCAGAUAUUUUUGUGUCGAAUUACGACUUCAACGUCAAACGAGACCAGCCGUCUGUGGAGGCCCUAGGGCGACAGAGGCAUUCGCCCAAGGCCUGA